UGAAUUUGAUAAAACAUAUUAUCGUUGGUCUUGCUGUCCUUGGGUGUAUGAUACACGGUCAUAAUAGGAUAAGAAAUUUGUAAAAUUAUGAAACGCGCGAGGCACUUUAAACCGGGUCAUAUCAUCUAGAUGUGUCGUGUUGUGCACAUGUGUUUUGCUUCUCUACUAGGCAGAAAAUGGGUCACAUCUUUGUGAAACUUCUCGCGCUCUUGUCUCUCUCCCGAGGAUGUCGAGUUCCCGAAUCCUCUCAGAACGCCACGAGGGACUUAAUCCGCCUGUAUGGUACCGGAGGGACUCUGUCGCAGGAGGAGUUCUCCAGAUUAGGGGUAGCCACCCGGUCAGACUGGGAGAUAACAGAAGAUGACGCCACCGGUAGAAAUAACUUUUGUUCAUGCCAAAGUUACAACCAGAUUUUUCAAGAAGCGGUGGAUGGCGGAAAUCGGAUCAACGGAUCAGCUCUGGUCGCAGUGUGUCCUCUACUGUUGGCGAAACUUCACAGUAAGAAAUGUUGCGGUGACCAGUCUUUGACAACUGAGCAGGAGCAUGCUGGGAAACUGCCUAUCGGGCAAGCAUGGGCCUAUGGUAUCGGGUUUGUAACAUUGGUCGUCUUUAUUUCCAAUAUCGGAGUGUUUCUGGGACCUUGCAUGAAAACAAAAGCCUUCAAGCGGAUUCUAAUGUUCUGUGUUGCCCUCGCUGUGGGGACGCUAGCGGCUACCGGAUUCAUGGUUCUUAUACCAGAGUCUAUGAAUCUAGCAGGCAAAAACCAACCUUUGAAUGGACCGGGCAUUCCAUAUUUUCACUGGAAAAUGGCCACUGUCCUAGGCGGAGCAUAUUUUGUAUUUGUUGCUGAACGCAUCCUGAAAUUCGUCCUCAAUAGACGGAAGAGACCCAGCUCGGAAAACGAAACAGAUCUAGAUGUAAAGGAAGGAAAUGGUAAUGUGGAAUUGAUGCAGAACAAACCUCACUCACAUUCCCAUCAUUUGGACACUGCUCAAAGAAGAAGCAAUAAAGACGUGGCUCCCGUGGCCUGGAUUCUGCUCAUCGGGGACGCCAUCCAUAACUUCGUGGAUGGGUUGUCUAUAGGGGCAGCUUUCACCGAAAAUACAUUACUUGGAAUAAGCGUUUCUCUUGCUGUUAUAUGCGAAGAAUUACCCCAUGAGUUAGGUGACAUCGCCAUCCUCCUUCACGCAGGCCUACCCAUGAAAAAGGCUCUGUUGUUCAACUUCAUAGCAGCUGCAGUGUCUUAUAUAGGGUUGAUUUUGGGGAUAGUAGUCGGGGAGAACACGAGCGCCAAUCAGUGGAUAUUUGGACUGGCUGGCGGGAUUUUUGUGUACAUCGCAUUAGCUGACAUGGUUCGUAUCUACUUCAGUAUAGUCAAUCCAGUAGCUCAACAAUCUAGAAAACAACAUACUGAUCUCACGAUGUAUCAGCUCUCUGGGCCCCAGGCCAGUCACCCAAAGAGGCGAAAAAAGCGACCAAUACACGGAAUUAAAACGGUGGAUGUCACGAGAGGUAAAUCGGGGUAUGGAUUCACCAUCUCCGGCCAGCAUCCCUGUGUGUUGAGUGUAAUUGUGCCGGGAAGUCCCGCCGAUGUGGCGGGGCUGAAGACCGGUGAUUAUGUGGUGUCAGUCAACAACCAGAAUGUCACCAAGUUCCCUCAUGAUGAUGUGGUCAGAAUGGUGGGGAUGUCCACUGGAACUCUCACCCUUCAAGUGGCCGAAAAUUACAACAGCUCCGAUUCCUCCGAGGAUGAAUAUCACCACAGAAACAAAGCCCGGUAUCCGAACAGGAUUCGUCCACGUCACGCCUCCAAUCGCCACGGCGAGAAAGUUCUCGGGGAAUGCAACCAAAAGGACAAGCACACACACAAUGAAUACAAGCAUAAGAAUCCUCACUGGUCAAAAACGAACUUAAAAUUCCCACCCAGCCAGUCACGGACACGAGCACACGAGCCGGUGGGUGCGGAGAAUGUUUACUCCAGCUCAUCAAGUUCUAGUCUAAGUACACCCAAAGUUUCGGGUUCUGUUGAGAGACAUGGAUACAAAACUCACGAUCCCCUCUCUUUACAACUUCCCAGAACUAAACAGGCAGUUGUCAAAAGCACGUCACAGAGUGCCAAGUCCUCUUACCAAAAGAGCAGUCAGCAAGAACGACACAUGAAGUCGCAGUCAAGUGGGGCAUUACACGGGUCCUUCAUAGCACCCGGAAUCUCAUCCUUCCUAAAAACAUCAGCUCAUCAGGCAAAUUCUGCAAACAAUGCAUUCAUCGCGAUGGAUGAUGAUGAAGACGAUGGCGAUGAUGAAGAGAGUCUGUUGAAUUGUAGCUUCCAUGACAUGAGGGUGGUGGUGGGAUAUAUUGGUUCUAUAGAAAUGCCAAGUGAUGCCAAUAAGCCUCACAUUAGACUUCAGACCAUCCGCAACGCUGUUAGGAGAUUGAGAGUGGAGCAGAAGAUCCAUACACUGGUGUUGAUGGAAGUUUCACAGGAAGGUGUGAAGUUGACGAAUGGAAUGGGAACCACUGUGGCUCAUUAUCCCGUGGAUCGACUAGCCUUCAGUGGAGUGUGUCCUGAUGAUAAAAGAUUUUUUGGGAUUGUGACUUUGCAUAGUGUCAGUGGAGAUGAGAUGAGUGAUGGAACAGCUAGUCAGGAGGAUGAGUCUGCCUCCAGUGGAUCCUGUCAUGUGUUCAUGGUGGACCCUGAAAUGAGAUCCCACAACAUUCAUGCUCAGAAGGCCAAAACGUUUGGAAUUACUUGUACAUCUGCUGCAGACAGACAUCACCAGGAGAGAAGCCAUUGUUCAGAGUUUCCCAGAUCUGCCACUCCAAUAAUUGUCUCCAUCACCAAUCUGUACAAAGAUCGUCCUGGUGGUGUCUCCAAUGACAAUGAUGUGGCGUUGUCGCAGGCUUUUGCUGAUCCAUCGAGAGCACCCAUUAGAAGCGUCAGCAACAGCAGUAAUAGCGACAGUGGACUUGGUUUGGGUAAAGAUGACCCAGGUCAUGUGUAUGGGGCAGAAGCAGCUGCUAGACCACCAGAAAACCCUCCACCUCAUCCUCCACAGCCUCAUCCUCCACAGCCUCAUCCUGCCCAGGCAGCGUGGCAGAACCCAACUUAUCUUCUGAAAGACGGCCCUGUCCAACAUUGUUCCCCAGGCAUACAAACUAUGCCAACACCGCUACGAGACUCUCAGCUGAUGCCAGCUCCCUCUAGUGUGUUUAGAAGGUUAAAUAGAUCUAACAGUAGUGACGAUUGCUCAACGUUAAACAAAAGGAAGGACAAAUUCAAUAUUAGGGCCAUGCCUGACCCACUCAAUACAUCCAGGUCUCUGUCAGGGAAUUUAAACAAGGGAAAUAAAUCUUAUCAACAGGAUGACAGUGAUCAUGAAUCAAACACUUCCAGAAACAGUGACAUGUUUCGCUCGUUUUCCCAUUCAGAUUUACAGCGACCAGUGUCUGUCCCGCCCAGAACAUCAGAAGACAGCUUCACAUCCCCUCACAACAACAGCAAAGUGGCAAAAGUGGAAAUGGAGGGGAACAAGAAACGGAGUCCUCGAGCCCAGCUUCCACCUUUCCACCUCCUGCGCUCCCCUUCAGCUCCACCCGUAGUGAACCAUCGUCCUGAUUCCGAAGCCGAUGAUUUUGAUUUUCUGCAAAACAGCAGUGGUAUGGGAGGACUGAUAGAGCGUUUUGAGCAGGAUCAUGCCCUUAGGAUUUCCUCCCCAGUGGAUGUGACCAGGCGGUUCUCAGAAGGAUACUCCUUGGCUACGAAGAGAGACAAAGACAGAACUUCUGAUGACGGGGACAAAUGGUUGAAGCCAAAUUCUGUCCGACAUCGAAGGGCCUCGAGACUGCAGGCUCCACUUAGCCAUUCACAUGAGUCUCUCAUCGCCUUGGAACAUGAUCACCAGGCCCAGCGAAUAUCUUCAGCUGGCAGUGUCAACAACAUUAAUUCUCACAAUAGUGAUGAUGAUGAAGAUCUUAAAGAGGAAGAAAUCGGCAGGGUUGCGGGUUGGGCAGUCAAUUUUGAAAAACUUCUUAAAGACGGAGCAGGAUUAAUUGUUUUUACCGAAUUUUUGAAAAAAGAAUUCAGCCAGGAAAACAUCAUUUUCUGGAAAGCUGUGGAGCAGUACAAAAAGGUCGUAGAAGCUGACAAACGCAAAGUCAAAGCCAAAGAAAUUUUCUCAAAGCAUGUGUCUGUAAAAGCCACAGAUCCAAUUAAUAUUGAGCAAAGUGCUCGGCAGCAAGUGGAAAAACAGCUCGACAAUCCCAGCAGUGGUACAUUUGAUCGGCCACAGCAAGAGAUUUUUAAGCUGAUGAAGCAGGACAGCUACCCUAGGUUUAUAAAGUCUGAGAUGUACAAGGUCUAUCUGAUGAGAGAAAUGGAGGGGAAACCUCUACAGCUGCCGAAGGUUGAGGGUGAGGAGCACGCAGGGAAAGGAAAGAAAGACAAGAAGAAAUCCAAAGAAGCAGACGACAAAGACAAAGAGAAGAGGCGGAGAUCACUGCUGCCCUUACCAUGGAGCAAGAAAAACAGUAAGCAGAGUUUAAAGGCAACAUCGGAAACGGAUCUGAAGAAGCAAAGCAAAGAGAAAGAGAAGAUGUCAGUGUCAUCCUCCUCGAUAACCAAGGAAGUAAACAACAACAUGACGUCACAACGUAAGCCUGCGUCUGGCCCCGGAAUCGACCUCAGUACGAUGAGGAAAGAAGUCCAGGCAAAUACGAAGGAGACCAAAGACAAGGAUGGAACCGAGGAAAAGAAUUUGAAGUUUUGUCGCGUGAUCCUCCCCGACGGAUCCACCACCGUGGUGUGUACAAAGCCUGGACAGAACGUCCGCACAGUGCUCGGUCGUUUGUGUGAGAAAAGGGGUCUUUCCAUCGCAGCUGUUGAUGUGUUCCUGCUGGGCUCAGAUAAGCCUCUGGAUUUGGGGGAAGACAUUUCUUCACUGGGGUCAAAAGAGGUUAUGAUUGAGAGGCGUGUUUUGUUUCGGAUGGACCUUCCCCACAGAAAAUCGAUAGGAGUGAAAGCCAAGCCGAAUCGCACAGUGCGUGAUGUGUUCAAACCAAUCCUGAACAAAUAUGGCUUUAAGCUGGACAGCAUUACUGUACAACUGUCGGGACAGACAGGAUAUGUCGACAUUGAUGAACAAGUGUCCACUAUUGACAACCAGCGAGUUGUGAUCGCCACUGUCGAAAACUCGGGAUCUCAAGCUAGCGCUAGUGAGGGCUCCACAUCUAGUCUCUCGCCAAUGGCUGUAAAAUAUCCCCCUGAUUUCCACAUCGACCCCCAGAGCUGCUCGAUCUCACUCGAUGCAAUCACCAAUCGUAUCUUUGAGGAUUUAAUGAAAGGCAAAUCCAAGGUGGCUCAUAAUUUUGACGAACUUGGAAUUUUAGAUUUGGAAUCUCGGGAGAAGGAAGUCUCGAGAGGAACAGCAGAAGAUCGUCCAUCUUUGGGUUUGUUUGGUCUGCUGAGAAAAGACUCAGCAUACGGAAAACAGGCGUCGGAGCAAGCAAAGACGAAGACCAAGCACAAAGUUACAUUUAACCUGCAAAAAAAUCAAACACGCAAGGCCUCUAGGGACCCAGAUGAAGAGAAAUUUUUGGAGCUGCUGUCUAAAGCUCAGAGUAGUCGAAUGGAUGACCAAAGGGGACUAGGAACAUCUGCAUCUGAAAUUCCAGAAUUUUUACGGAACAAGGUGGAAUAUCCCUCUGGACGAGAGAGUGCUCCUCCAAUUCUUAAACACGAUUCCUCCAGAAGAGAGGGAAUGCUGGGAAAAUCUGAAGACUAUUUGCAAAAUGAAAAUGAACAUUUCACGUCUUACACUAGAGGACAGUUUUCUACAAGACCAUCAUCUGUUCCAGCAGAUUCGUUUUUAGAUCAUUCGUCAUCACGAAUAAUGGACUCCAAUGAAGACAGUCAUAUAUCUCAUGUGGAUCAGAGUUUUAGUACUGAUGGUGUGAUACCAACAGCCAGUGAAGCUGAGGUGUAUUUUCAGACCACGGAUCCUGACAGUGCCGACUUUGAUGAUCCUCGAUUAGCCGAGAAAGGCUUGCGUGACCUCGGCUUUGAUUACAGCUUAAAUAUGUAUCAGGCUAAGGCCUGGGGUUAUUCUCGGCACAGACCUAGUGGACUUUCAUCUCCAAGACAACCAAAUAAACUCACACCCAGCAAACUGCUAGUGUCUCCCACUGAGAGAUUUUCUCUGGACGAGGCUGCUUUGAUGGACAGUGGUCAAGACUUGGACCAAACUUUGAUAGAGGGAAGGCCCAUGUCUCUCCCCCCAGCCUUGGACCGUAGUUCACCCAAGGGCUCCUUUUCUCCCAUUUUGUCCUCGCGUCCAUUUGGGGCGUACACGAGGAACUCUGUAGGGGAGAGCACAAUUAGUCACUCCACACCCAAAACAGAGUCCAUGACAUCCCGUUCCUCCAAUCAUAAAUCUGCAUUUCAUUCCCCGGGUGUUCAAACAGGAUCCCUAGGAUCUGGGGACCCUUCUUUCAAUAAAGAUCUUAAUGAAUCACAAAAAGCCAUGAUUGUGGAUUUAGGGAGCUCUGAUGAAAACGUAACUUUUGUAUAGCCAUAUAUUAAAGCUUCAAGAUCUUUUGAUAUCAGGUACUAUCUUUUUUUGAGUUAGUGCUAUUCAUUUGUUCGUGUACUAUCAAUUUUUACAGAUUUAAUUUUAAAAUGUUGUUCACCGAUAUAGUUUUAGAGUCAGGGAAGCUUACUGCAUUCAAAGUGUGAUAAAUGUAGUAGGUGUAAAAGCUUUAAUCUGAGUGAUUUGAAGGUGAAUAUUGUAUGAAUGAAAUUGUGAAUGUGUAUUAAACAGGCAACUGCCAUUCUAUGUUGAUGUGCAAAAUGGUGCUAAAUUGUAGAAGUCUUGUGUCAUGUAAAUCUGUGUGUGGUAUAUGAAUUGGGCUGUUUAGUGAGUGUGUGUACGGUAGGUGUUUUGUCAUUUAUGUAACAGCAAAAGACGUGUAUUCCUACAGAAAGAGAAUUAAAGAUACCGAAAGACAA